AUGGCCAAAGGACUCCGCUCAAAAGUAAAGCGCUCCUUCCGCCGAGCAAAGCGCGAAGACUCGGUUUACGCUGCAACGCACGCCGCACGAGUCGAGCGACUACACCGCAAGCUCGCAGACAAGAUUCAGACCGAUGUCGAAGGAGAGGAUGGUGACGAGCCGGAGGAAGAGGAGAAGAUCUCGACACAUGGGAAGCGGGACAACAGGAAGGAGCAAUGGAAGAAAGCCAAGGGGUUCGAUAAGGCCAGCAAGAGUAGGCGAAAGAUGUUUGGAGGUGUUGGCGGGAAGGGGAAAGCGCGGAGAUAA